ACACGCGCUCAUUAAAGCCCUGACAGUCAGCCUCAGCGCGACUUUCUCUGUGUGUUUCUCCUCUCAGAGACUUUAAAAGACUCUGUCUCGUCGCGUUUGGAUAGAUGGAUCUCUCUGUGAUCGUGCUGUUGUCUUUGUGCGGGUUUCUGCGGGGCCAGGAGACCACAGAUCCUAUCUCGCUGGACGACUGCUGUAAGGAUGGCAAAGAAAGAGGCCAGGAGUCUCAGGACUGCACGAGUCUGCCUCUCAUCUCCGAAUCCACCACCUGCAGGAUCGCUCAGGAACAGUGCUGUACUGCGGUUCUUGAAGACAACAUAUGCACCAGCGGCAUCAAUGUGGCGAAGGACCAGGGCAGUUGUGAUGCCCUCUUGUCCAGCAGCACAUGUGAAACGAAGACGGCUAAGACGUGCUGUGAGUGCUGUUUGCUCGGCCGGGCGGCCCAGGAGCGAGGGCUGUCCUGUGACCUCACCCUCGCCGUGUGGUACCAGUGCGGUCUGGUGUCCCGCGCCUGCUGUGUGGACCGAUCGCCCAACAGCGACGGAAAGCCUGCACCGGAAUUACCAAAAGCACAGGGUGAUGCACAAAACACAGAGGAUCAGUGCAAAGCUGCCGGCUGCUCUCAGAGUUGUUUUAACGGCUCUUGUGCCUGUUUGGAGGGAUACAAGCUGAAGGCGGACAUGAAAACCUGCGAAGACAUAAACGAGUGUUUGCUGGGCUCUCAUCACUGCCGCGGGGGCGAGCGCUGCAUCAACACGCUGGGAUCGUACCGCUGUCAGAGGGUCAUCAGCUGCGGGACAGGAUACGAACUCACCGACAACAACAAGUGUGAAGACAUUGAUGAGUGUGAAACCGGCACUCAUAACUGCGGAGCUGAGCUGGAGUGUCAGAACACAGCCGGCUCGUUCCGCUGCCGUCCCAGAGUGCAGUGCGGCGUGGGAUUCAUUCAGGACGCUCUCGGGAGCUGCAUCGAUAUAAACGAGUGUUUGAGCGUGACGGGGCCGUGUCCGUCGGGUCACAUGUGCUUCAACACGGUGGGCUCCUACACCUGCCAGAGACACUCGGUGACCUGUGGACGUGGAUAUCACCUGAACGCCGACGGCUCUCGCUGCGUGGAUAUCGACGAGUGUGCGGGGCCUGAUAACUCCUGUGACGGUCACGGCUGUAUUAAUCUGGUGGGCUCGUACCGCUGCGAAUGCAGGGCCGGCUUCAUCUUCAACAGCAUUAGCAGAUCCUGUGAGGACAUCAAUGAAUGCAGGAGUUAUUCGGGCCGUCUGUGUGCGCACAAUUGUGAAAACAUCCUGGGCUCCUACAAGUGCAGCUGCACCAUGGGCUUCAAGCUGGCCGCCGACGGCAGGAACUGUGACGACCUCAAUGAGUGCGAGAGCAGCCCGUGCAGUCAGGAGUGUGCGAAUGUCUACGGCUCCUACCAGUGCUACUGCCGCCGCGGCUAUCAGCUGAGCGACGCGGACGGCAUCACCUGUGAAGACAUCGAUGAGUGUGCGCUGCCCACCGGCGGACACAUCUGCUCUUACCGCUGCCACAACACAGGGGGGAUUUUUCUGUGCAUGUGUCGCGAUAUGGUAUACACCCUCGCCCCCAACGGACGCAGCUGCCAGGAUAUCGAUGAGUGUGUAACCAGUACUCACAGCUGCAGCGAAUCUGAGAGCUGCUUCAACAUUCAGGGCGGAUAUAAAUGCCUGAACUUCGACUGUCCGGCGAACUACAGGCGCUCAGGAGACACCAGGCCGAGGGUCGAUCGUGCCGAUUUUAUCCGAUGUGUGAAGUCCUGCCAGCCCAAUGACAUCUCCUGCAUGCUCAAUCCCAUCCUCUCCUUCUCACACACGGCCAUCUCGCUUCCCACCUUCAGAGAAUUCAACAAACCAGAAGAAAUUGUGUUCCUGAGAUCUCCCACACCUUCUCACCUUCCUCACAUGGACUCCCCGGAAAUUGUCUACGACAUCCUGGAAGGAAACGUCCAGAACUCGUUCGACAUCAUCAAACGUCUGGAUCAUGGGAUGAUCGUGGGUGUAGUCAGACAGGUGAAGCCGCUGGUUGGUCCUGUGAGCAGCGUACUAAAGCUGGCCAUGAACUACGUCACAAACGGAGUCGUUUCUCACCGGAACAUCAUCAACGUUCACAUCUACGUGUCAGAGUUUUGGUUUUAGAAACGUCAACAUUAACCUUUCUGUCUAUACAUUUUUGGUGUCCAUUUAUGAAAUCACAAAAACAUUGUCAUUAGCAAGCUUUCUGAAUGACUAUAGAAAUGUUUGAAUAACUUCAGAUCUGCAAGAUGAAUUUACUUACGAUAUUUUAAGACGUGUUUUCAAAGUUUGACUCAUCAAUAUAAGUGCACUGUCACACUGCACUAGCAGAUUUAGUAAAAAAGUACGAGAAAAUUCACUUAUAUUGAAAAUAUAAUCAGAUUUUCUUUCAGUGCAACUACAGUUAAUUUAGCUAAUUUAGGAAUAAUAAUAAUAAUAAAAGAAUCUGUCAUCAUUUACUCACCAUCAUGUCGUCCACUUGACUGACUUUCUUCUGUGCAACGUUAAACAAGAUGUUUAGCCGAAUCUAUGAAAUUAUAUAAAGGUGAAUAUGAGUAUUUCAAUUUCUAGAUGAACUAUUCUUUUUAAUGCAAUUAAUAGUGUGAGAUAAUUUCUAAAUUGACACCUAAAAUGACUAAAUGCUUUUGUCCAACUAAAGUUUUA